AGAGAAGUCAGAAGAUCGAGAAAAUGGCUGUGCUUGCAGCUGCAGCGUUGCUUGAUGAGCUUAUGGGCAGAAAUAGAAACAUUGCCCCUGAUGAUAAAGGAAAAGAGUUGAACUGGGAAGACCCUGAGUAUUGCAAACUAUACUUGGUGAAAUUUUGCCCACACGAUCUUUUCGUAAAUACGAGAGCAGACCUCGGGCAAUGUGCCAAGAUUCAUGAUGAUGAAGCUAAAUCUUUGUACGAAAAGUCCCAUAGUUAUAAAAAACAGCAGUAUGAAGAUGAAUUUAUUCGCUUCUGCCAGAGCAUGUUGAAUGAAGUGGAAAGAAAAAUCGUCAAAGGAAAACAGCGGCUUGCCCUUAUUGGAAAAGCUGAUGCUAUAUCUCUUUCACCAGCUCAGACACAAAGAAAUGAGGAGCAGAUAAAGUUUUUAACAGAGAAGAUUAAUAGUUUGGUUGAUGAGGCUGAGCAGAUGGGGAUCCAAGGGAAUGUGGAGCAGGCACAGGGUCUGAUGAAGCUGUGUGACCAGCUGAAAGAGGAGCGAGAACAACUGCGUGGCAACAACGAGAACAGUCACUGGCAGCAGACUGCAGAACUAGCAGCUGCCCAAGAGAAACAGAUGGAAGUGUGUGAUGUAUGUGGGGCAUUUCUCAUUGUUGGUGAUGCCCAGCAACGUAUAGAUGAUCAUUUGAUGGGGAAACAACAUGUCGGCUAUGCUAGGUUGAAAAUGGCCAUGGAAGAAUUGAUAAAUAAUCGCCAGAAGUCACGUGAUGACAAGGAGCGGAAAAGAGAAGAAGAGCGCCGGGAACGUGCACGUUUGCGAGAAGAAGAAGAACAUAGGAGAGACAGAGAAAGAGACAGGGAAAGAGAAGAGAGGAGAAAGAAAAGAGAAGAGGAAGAAAGACAUAGGAACCGACCAAAACAUAGAUCCAGGAGUCCACGGACACAUCGUCGUAGUUCGAGUCGUAGUCGAAGUAGUACAAGAAGUAGCCGGGAUAAGGAUUAUAACAGAAGAAGUGUGAAGAGUUGCGAGGAAAGAGGAAGGUCCUCUCGUAAUAGCCGCAGUAAGUCAAGAGACCAAAGUCGAGAUCAUAGACGGAAAGCUGGUGAUGAGCAUGAUAGGGACCACCAUCGAAGGUCUAACAAGGAUCGGGGUUUGAAUGGAGAUUAUGGCCGUCGUUCCUCGCCAAGUCAGCGACCCUCUAGUCGCCACCAUCAAGACCCUAAGGCAGGCAGGAGCAGUGGUGGUCGAGAGGUGGGGCAUGGAGAUGAGUAGCCAGUUCGCUCACCCACGUCACAGGCACCCACAUUUAGAAUCAGUGAGUGACACUGGUGUACAGCUUUGUAAUUCUGGUAGGUGAUGAGCCUUUUUGAAGAAUCGAAGUCAAGUUCACACCAACAACAUUUAACUGAAUUGACAAAUACCGCUCUUCCGAUCUAAACUGCGAUUUUGGGAAUGCAACUGGAGUCAAGAUUUGGCAUUGGCCGUUCAUCAUCGUUUUGUAAGGUGAAUCUAGUAUUUAAGCCUUGACAUUGUAGAUAGAAUUCAGAUAUUUUGAUGUGAAGAAAAAUUUAAAUUUACACAUUCCUAGAUGUCUUUUUGAAGUAAGUGUAGCAAAAUAAAUAAGUUUUGUUAGCUGCA